UGUCACUGUGAUAUGUUUGUUUUUAUAUUACAUAGAUAGCAACCUGUCUACUAUCUUUUAUUGUUUCGCUGUUUUAUUUCAAUUUAUAAUUACUUUCCUACUAUUAAAUGUCUAUUAGAAUAAUGGACAAAUGCAGACUCUGCAUGAAUAACCGAAAAAAAUUAUAUUCAAUAUUUGAUACUGAUAAUGGAAUCUCUUAUGCUGAAAUGACAACUUCUAUCGCUAAUGUGAAGAUCAUGAAAGAAGACGGAAUUACAGAAAAAAUAUGCAUCUUAUGUCGUAGAAAAGUAAAAGAAAUGUUUGACUUUAAAAAUAUGAUUGAAUCAUCUGAUUUAACUUUACAUGCCUGUGAUAAUUUAAAGAGAAUAAACUUUUGUAACUUAAAUGAAAUUAAAGUCAAAUUCGAGUUUACUGGUGGAAAUUAUAUUGAAAGAAAUAAAUGUUUUUCAAAAUUUGAAAAAAUUAUCACUGGGUGCUUUGAAAACGGAGAAAAUGCAGUUUGUUAUAAAGAUGUUGUUAUAAAAAAAAUUGUAGCAAAUGAUGAUUGUAGAAAUGAUGGGGAUUUUAUUAAUAAAGAAGAUAAACCCCUGGAUGUUUUUGAUUUUCUUAAUACACUUAAAGAUGAGCCAACUUAUGACUAUGACAAUAAUUGUCUUGUGGAUGAUUACAACCAAGAAACUUAUGAUAAUGAUGAAAUAUUUGUUCCUUUUAUAAAAGGUUUAAAAAAGAAAAAACGUAAGAAACAUAAGAAAGUCAAAGAUUUAGAAACUAAUUUUAAUAACAAGGAUCACUUCAUCAAAGUUCGCAUUAAGCCAGUAUUUUUAGAAGAUAUAAGAUUAAUUAGAACAAAAAAGAAUAAAGAAAAUGUAAAAAAGAAAUACAAAAAUAAUAAAAUACACAUGUGCAAUUACUGUGGAAAAAUGACAAAAUCUAUUAAAUCGCAUUUAUUGGUACAUACUGGCGAAAGAGUACAUAAAUGCAAUAUGUGUACAAGAGCUUUCUUCACUCUUCAUAAUUUGCAACAUCACAUGAAAAGACAUCUAACAGAAAAUAUGUACAAAUGUGAGCAAUGUUUGGCAAAAUUCAAUAACAAAGAAUCUCUAAAGAGGCACAAUGUGGUUCAUGAAAAUGAGAAAAGAUUUUUAUGUAACAUCUGUAAUAAAGGAUUUAAAAGGAAAUAUUCCCUAGGAAGACACAUCCAAGGACAUAAUUCUGCAAAUAAAAGUGUUCAGUGUGAGCUGUGUAAUAUGUCAUUUUUUUCCAAAUAUAGUUUGAAUAAUCAUAUGCGUGUACAUACUAGAGAAAGACCAUAUAAAUGCGAGAUAUGUUCACAACCCUAUAGUUACAAGCACGACUUCAAUCAACACUGUUUGAAAAAACAUGGCGUAUACUUUAAACGACGAUCCGUGUACGUAAUGAACGAUGAAGUUUUAAGAAAAGAACGAGAACUAAUGAAAGAGUUAAUGCUUAGAGUACACGGAGUUGUUGAUGACGAAGAGCCAUUUAAAGCUUUUCAAGGCCCACAGGCGCAUAUGGCUUUGGAACAAUUACUUAAACUUUUACAAGAAAAACAGAUCCCUAUAGAUUUUCAUUUUUGAAUGUUUUGUAAUUAAUUAUACAUUCAGGGAAUGAUUGUUUAUGAAAACAGGUAAUUAUUACACCAUAUUAUUAAAAAAGAUGAGGAGGCAGAUGAAAAGUAAUAGGUCAAUCAUCGCUGUAUCAGUAAUUUUCUGUUCUAAUAUUAGAUAUACAGAGUUAAAUCUAAAUCACCAGCAUCCUUUAAAUACCAAAGAAUCAGGUCGAAAAGUGGCAAACUUUUAAGUCUCAUACUAACGUCGCUUGUCCAGUUUAGUUAGUAUGGGAGAUACGAAUUUUUUUUAUUGUUUUUGAAUAUAAAAAUCUCGUGUCACGGUGUUUGUAGUCGCACUCCUCCGAAACGGCUCUACCGAUUUUUAUGAUUUUUUUAUAUAUUUUAUGUAGGUAUGAGAAUAGGUCGUAAAGUAUAUUUCAUACUGCUUAGUGAUUUGGGUGUCCCUAUCUCCAAUGUAUAUGUCAGGACAACGUGUAGGAUCAGUUAGUAUUCUAUAGUGCGGUCAGAAAGCUUAGUUUUACAUACAGCUAACGAUUCAAUUUCACCUGUAUAUAAGUACCAAAUGCGGGCAUGUCGAGUAUAUGUAGGUAUUACGUUAACUGUUACAAUCGACGUAACGUCUGUCAUCCUUAUCUGAAAAUGCAGUCGAAAGCUCUUUUAAUUGACUCGAAAUAAAUAGUCAUAAUAUUAAUUUGAUAUAUUUAUAUAUUAUUAAUCUGUGAUUAAUAAUAUUUAAUGAUAAUAUCUAAUUUUAACACAAAACCUAUUACUGUAACCGAACCCUCAUAUUUACUUAAUAAGUAAUAACUAUAAACAUUGACGCAACCUUAUUACGCACAUUACUAUGUAAAUAAAAUCGUUGCACGUUGUAUUGGUGUGUUACGUUAUAGUUUUAUUUAUCUACAGAUAUAUGUGCGAAUUCAAUGGAAUUUAGAAAACCCACUAACCAGUAAGCUAUAGCAUCAAUAGGAAAAGACCAUCAGUCGUUUGAAGGUCAAUCUUAUUAACAAUUAUUAAAUAAAAAUGAAAUUGUAUUUUAUACAUGCAUAUAGAUGAAUAUAGGAAGUCUAACUGUCAAAAAUUGAAUACGUUUCAUUGACUUAAAUGAGUACCCAAAUAACCUAGGUACCUUAAUGUAUGUCGAAAGUAUAGUAUUAUAUUUUAUGUGCUAAAAGCAUUGAAAUAACACAAAUUAGUAUGCAACACAGAGCUAAAGUUCUCAAUUUUGUCGUAGGGAAUGAAUCAAAGUUAGUAUAAGUUACUACUCAUGUUUUCUAAUAGUAUUAUACGAUAUGUAUAAUAUUUAUUUAUAUACGAGUACGAGUCAAUAAAAUUAUAUUACUACUAUUUGUGCAUACUUUUAACCAUAUGAGAGUUUUUAUUGUAACACAGGCACCUAUUUACAUUAUUAAUAUGUCAUUUGAUAUAAUACUUUAUAAACCUUUAUGUAAUACUGAAAUAUUACCUAAAUUCCUUUACUAUGUACCUUAAAUGCAUUGCACCUUCAAAAGGGAGACCACCCUAAUAUAAUAAGUACAGACUAUUGUUUAAGAUAAUAAUACCCAUUGUUCCUUCCCGCUCAUCACAUGAUACAAAGAGAUUGGAUUAGUUAUUAUAAGCAUGACAUACCUACUAGGGAUUUUAUUUCAAGCUAAUGGACCUUUUCUUUGACCUAUCAAUCAAUUUUGCCUAUAAAAGGAAGGGUGAAUGUUGACUAUUUCAUUAGUAUACUUUCGAGAUUCGUAGCAAGCAGUAAUCGUCAU